AGCGUAAUUACGUCAUGCUUGAAAUGCUGCACAGAUCUUCACUUUGAUGCCACGUGCAACGUGUCGAGCGCUCCAACACAAGCGAGGACAGUCACAGCCAGAGUGAAGCUUCCUUGAGCAGCUAUGGCGCCCAAGUCCAAGGCCAAAAAGGCCUCAGCCUCCUCGGAUGAGUCGGGGAAUGAAUCGCCCGUGGUCGAGCCCACGCCAUCCAAGCAGGUCAACAGCGACCCGACCCGCGUCGUGUUCGGUGUGGAUCUGGACGAUCCGCGCGACGCCGAGGACGACGAGAACGCGCUGGCCCCAGUGGCCAAGUACGCGAUCCUGUCCAUGAUCUGUCUCAUGUCUUUCUCCAUCCGCCUCUUCGCCGUCGUGCGCUACGAAUCCGUGAUCCACGAGUUUGACCCGUACUUCAACUUCCGUACGACCAAGUACUUGGCAUCGGAGGGAUUCCUCGAGUUCCUGGACUGGUUUGACGACCGUGCAUGGUAUCCGCUGGGUCGUAUCAUUGGUGGCACCAUCUACCCUGGUCUCAUGUACACGGCUGCGCUCGUGUACUGGGUGCUCAACCUGCUGAACAUUUCCAUCAACGUUCGCAACACUUGCGUGUUCCUUGCGCCGCUGUUCGCUGCCAACACGGCAAUUGCCAGCUAUUUGCUGACCAAGGAGGUGACAAAACGCUCCAGUGCAGGUCUUCUGGCUGCUGCCUUUGCCGGCAUUGUGCCCUCUUACAUCUCUCGCUCCGUAGGAGGCUCGUACGAUAACGAGGGUGUCGCUAUCUUCGCGCUUAUCUUCGUGUUCUACCUCUGGAUCAAGGCUGUGCACACAGGCUCCAUGUUCUGGUCGGCCGGCUGUGCGCUCGCGUACUUCUACAUGGUGGCGGCCUGGGGAGGCUACGUGUUCAUUAUCAACAUGAUCCCUAUUUACGUGCUGGUCAUGAUCUUCGCUGGACGCUACACGCCGCGACUGUACAUUGCGUACUCGACGUUCUACGCUCUGGGCAGCCUCAUGGCUAUGCAGGUGCCAUUCGUGGGCUUCAACGUCAUCAAGCAGGCCGAGUGUGCUGGCUCGCACGGCGUGUUCGUGUUGCUGCAGGUCUACUGCUUCGUCAACUGGCUGCGCAACUACAUCUCGGCCGCCUCGUUCCGUCGUCUUGUACUGGUCGGUGCCGGUCUGUUGGUCUCUGGUGUGGCUUUGGCUCUGCUGGUGCUGCAGCUUAUGGGCAAAGUGCAGUGGACUGGCCGUAGUCUGACGUUGCUGGACCCGACGUACGCGUCCAAGUACAUCCCGAUUAUUGCUUCAGUUAGUGAGCACCAGCCCACGACAUGGACGUCCUACUUCUUCGACCUGCACAUCCUCGUGCCGUUCGCCCCCGUGGGUCUGUACUUCCUGUUCCAGAACUUGACGGACGGCGGCAUUUUCGUCAUUCUGUACGGUACCGUUGCCUGGUAUUUUGCCGGUGUUAUGGUGCGUCUCAUGCUCACGCUGGCGCCUAUUGCUUGCAUCCUCGGUGCUGUGGGUAUCUCGUCGACGCUGCGUAAGUUCAUGGGAAUUCUAGCUCGUCCGUCGACGUUCGUCGUGCAGAAGGACGGUGUCCAGCCUGUGCCGAAGCUCCUGGCUCUGGGUAUUGUGGGUGGUCUACUGCUUAUGCUGCUGAGCUACACGUUGCACGCUACAUACGUGUCGUCGAUGGCCUAUUCGUCGCCGAGUAUUGUGAUUGAAGCUGGCCGUACGCACACUGGCGAGCGUGUGAACUUCGAUGACUAUCGUGAGGCGUACUUCUGGCUACGUCAGAACACGGACGCUAACGCCAAGAUCAUGUCGUGGUGGGACUAUGGCUACCAGAUGUCGGCUAUGGCUAACCGCACAGUUAUUGUGGACAACAACACGUGGAACAACACGCACAUCGCUACGGUUGGUCGUGCCUUGGCCUCAUCGGAGGAAGACGCUUACCCGAUCCUGCAGAGUCUGGAUGUGGAUUACGUCCUGGUUAUCUUUGGUGGUGUGACGGGUUACAGCUCGGACGAUAUCAACAAGUUCCUCUGGCCUGUGCGUAUCGGUUCGGGUGUGUACCCGGACGACAUGCCUUCGGAACGUGACUACUACUCGACGUCGGGCAACUUCGACGUCGGUCCCGGUGGCUCCAAGGUGCUGCACAACUGCCUCGCCUACAAGCUGUGCUACUACCGCUUCGGCGAGGUCAUGACGGACUACCAGCGUCCGCCAGGCUUCGACCGUGCUCGUAACACAGAGGUGGGCGUCAAGAACAUCAAGCUGACUCACUUGGAAGAGGCCUUCACGUCGGAGCACUGGAUCGUGCGUAUCUUCAAGGUCAAGAAGCAGCCGAAUGUGGAGCCUACGACUGCUGUCAAGAAGGCUCGUAUGUCUGAAGCCUCGGCUGCCGAGAAGGACAUUUCCAAGGAGAAGACGCGCUUCCUGGGCUGCACGACGGGCGAGGACAUGCUGGGUAACGACCGCGUGUACGCCGGCGGCCCCAGCGGUGCCAACUUUAACCUCGCUCUGCACCACGCCAAGGAGAAGGGCAAGCGCUACUUCGCCAUCGCCCGUGUGGCCGGUGAGGGCCACGCCUUCGCGUUCAACAAGCUCCCCGUGAGCGAAGCGGAUCUGGAUGGCAACGAUGAAGGCUGCAUGCGUGCAUGCAAGGACUCGAACUCGCACUCGUGUGGCUGUGCGGACGCUGGGUGCACGGACAUGAACGUGAGCCCCGGUAAGGGCCAAGAGCACAACCGUCGCUGGGCCAUCUACGAGCGUCAGGCCAACUAAGGCAGCGCUAGAAGCGAGUGCCAGAACUAGCUCAUUCCACUGCGUUUUGUUUAGUUCUUUGACUGUGGUUGGAUAGGUGCUGGUGUUGUUUGUCCGUCGUUAGCUGCUGAAGCUUCGGCAAAAAGUGUAAACGGUUGAAGUUGAUUAGCGAAGCACGCAGGCAGCGGUAAACAGCACAGAAAAUAACAAGCACAACAUGAUAUCCGUGCUGUCUUGUGUAGCUUGCUGAGAACACAGCGAAUGCACGAAGCGCAUAAUGAUUGAUUAAUGCUGUCAGGACUGC